AAACACCACGGGGCAUAACUAUCAUCACAGUGUCUACAGAAUCAGCAACAACGACACUCUACAACUACAACUAACGACGAGUCUUUUAGUAGCGGGAGAGUAGGAACCAACAACUACAAUAAUCAGCUAGCCAGAAACAGCCUAGAAGGGUGACGUCACCGCCUUGCUCCAAACCCUCAAACUGUCGCCCACGAGAUUUCGAUGAAUACACAAAAAGAUCAAACUAUGUCGACCUCACGCCCGUUCCCCUCCGUAACGGGGGGAUGUUUCUGCAACAAGAUACGCUACCGGCUCCUCACCGCGCCGCUCUUCUGCUGUGCCUGCUACUGCAGCGACUGCCAAAAGAUGUCCGGCAGCGCCUUCGUCACAUAUGCCAUGAUUGAAACAAGCAACAUCUCCAUCGAGUCAGCAGUCAAGCCAACCAUGGUUACAUUUGCGCCAAAGCCCGGGCUUGUCAGCAUACGCGCGGAGUGCCCGCAGUGCAGGAUCCAAGUGUGGGGCCAUGACAGGAGCUGGGGGACUGCCGUGGCGGAUGUAAGAGUCGGGACGCUGGACUAUCCGAGCUUGAUGGAGCCAGAUGUUCAUGCGUUUGUGGAGGGGAAAGUCGAUUGGAUGCGUUUACCCGAGGGCGCGAAGACUACGGUGAAGGACUCCAAUUAUCGGGAUCAUUGGCCAAAGAGCAGUCUGCAACGGUUGGAUCUGUGUCUGGCGAGAGCUGCGGAAGUGGCGAAGCGGAAGGAGGAAAGCUCUGCGAGUGAAGUUACGAAAACCACAGGAGACGCGCGGGAUGUGGAAGAAUCUGGCGGCGAAGGCGACAAGACACCUACGGGUGUUGAUGUCGAUGCUGAUGCUGAUGCUGAUGCUGAUGGCGAUGGGAAGGAAGACGAGGAUGAUGAGGCGUUUGAGAGACGAUUCAGAGCAACCGAAAAAGCACUGCAGGAGAGAUUGGAGCGGCUGAGUCUGAAGCUCAACGAAGACAAGCAGGAUGAUACAAGUAUAUGA